UUUAUAUUCAUAUAUAAAUAUACAUACAAGUCUAUGGAAGCUAAUCACAAAUAAUCAAAUCUAACUUAACAUCAUAAUAGAUAUUGAAAUUAAGAUGGAAUUUAGUUGCAAGGAGUUCAAGGUGGGAAAGUGUGAAGGAGAGAAAAUAGUGGAUGGAGAAACACUUCCAUUGGUACUACAACCUCGUGAGGCAAACAAGAGUGAUUUGGAGUCUUUGCUCUUAGGUCUUAAUAAGAAUAAAGAAUGGUUUGAGGAAAUGAUAAUAAAGAACAGUGCUGUUCUUCUCAGAGGUUUUGAUGUUAACAAGGCUGAGGACUUUAAUGAUAUUGUUGAAACAUUUGGAUGGGAAGAUAUUAGGUAUGUUGGACCAGCACCUCGUACACAUAUUUACAAAAUGAUAUGGACUGCUAAUGAAGGUCCUCUCUCAGAGUUCAUUUACUAUCACCAUGAAAUGGUUUUGAUUAAGGAAUAUCCAAAGAAAGUGAUUCUGUUCUGUGAGAUACCUCCCCCUGAAGGAGGAGAGACCCCUUUUGUUCCAAGCUUCAGAGUGACAGAAAGGAUGAUUGAGGAGUUCCCAGAAGAGGUGAAAGAGAUGGAAGAGAAAGGGUUGAAGUAUUCAUUUUCAGCUCCUAGUAAUAGUGAUAGAACCUCCAUGAGAGGUAGAGGGUGGGAGGAUGCUUUUGGAACCUCAGAUCCCAAGGAAGCUGAGUUAAGGGCAAAAGGUCUGGGAAUGGAUGUAGAGUGGCUUCCAAAUGGUGGGCUAAAGACAAUACUUGGACCAAGAAAUUUAACAAAAGUAUUUGAAGGAAGAAAAGGGAGAAGAAUGUGGUUUAACACAAUUGUAGGCAUGCAUGGAAAGGAGAUUAGCUCAGCAACAAUGGCAGAUGGAACAGAGAUUCCAGAACAUGUAGUGAAAAGGUGUGGAGAGAUCAUUGAAGAAGAGAGCAUACAAUUCAAGUGGGAGAAAGGAGAUGUUCUUUUCUUAGAUAAUUAUGCUUUGCUUCAUGGUAGAAGGCCUUCCCUUCCUCCCAGAAGAGUCCUGGUUGCUACAACCAAGUAAUUUCAGAUUAUUUGGUGUAUUGCCCAUAAUAUAAAUAAGUGUGACAUUCUUCACCCACCAAUAUAUGUUAUCUAUGUCCUUGUGAGCUUAACUCAGUUGGUAUGGACAAUGCAUAAAAUAUGCAAGGUUCGGGGUUCAAACCCCGACCACCACCAAAAAAUAUAUGUUAUGUAUGAUCACUUUUAUACACUUUAUCGAGUAAAAUUGUUCUCUAUAGAAGCUACUUACAUUUGGAAGGUCCCGCAGUAACUUAUAAGAUAUAUGUAUACUUCAAAUUUUAUGUGAUAAGAUAUAUCUAUUUUAAAAUAAUUGUAAUUUCAUAA